CGAAAAGAAUCUUGUUUAACUAUUCCUGGUAUAAUCUAUGUUUGUUGGAAGUCAACCUUAUUUCUUAAGCAAUGUGUAUAAGUUAUAGCUUCCGAUAACUAUACGUUAACAUUAUCAUGUAUGAGAGUUACCAAUGCUCACCGAACCCCCAAAUUUGCACGUACGCCAGUUUAUUUGGCUCGUGUUGGCGGCACUACACCCUACCUCGACCGAUGCUACUGUGGGUGGUUCAGUGGAUGCGCAUGUCAUAGAUGGGAUAUCUGAUUUGACGCUAGCUAUCUUUACCAAUAUCUCGGGACGACUAGACAUGCCAUAUUCUAGAAGUAUGUAUGUCUCUCGAUCCUGGACGUAACCCGGCACUACUAAUAAUUGGCUCCGGAUUUCGAAACAUGGCUUAAUCGUGGUAGGAUGAUAUAAACUCAAG